UGAGGCUCCGCCUAGGCGGAAACUCGGUUGUGGAAAAGGGGGCGGUGCGCGGAGCCUGCGCAGCCGCAAGGAGCAGCUGCGAUGGCGCUGCCGGGCUCCCUGAACAGGUAUCUGCUGCUUAUGGCGCAGGAGCAUCUGGAGUUCCGCUUGCCGGAAAUAAAGUCUUUACUGUCACUGUUUGGAGGCCAGUUUACCAGCAGUCAGGAAACCUGUGGAAAGUCUCCAUUUUGGAUUCUUAGCAUUCCCUCCGAAGAUAUUGCAAGAAAUUUAAUGAAACGGACAGUCUGUGCCAAGUCUAUAUUUGAACUGUGGGGUCAUGGAAAAUCUCCUGAGGAGCUGUAUACUUCCCUUAAAGAUUACCCUGUGGAGAAGAUGGUUCCAUUUCUACAUUCAGACUCUACAUAUAAAAUAAAGAUUCACACAUUUAAUAAAACACUGACACAAGAAGAAAAAGUCAAACGAAUAGAUGCACUUGAAUUUUUGCCAUUUGAAGGAAAAGUGAACCUGAAGAAACCACAACAUGUAUUCUCUGUUUUGGAGGAUUAUGGUUUGGACCCCAACCACAUACCUGAGAGUCCACAUAAUAUUUAUUUUGGUAGAUGGAUUGCAGAUGGACAAAGAGAGCUAAUUGAGUCAUAUAGUGUCAAAAAAAGACAUUUUAUUGGAAAUACAAGUAUGGAUGCUGGUUUAUCAUUCAUCAUGGCCAACCAUGCAAAAGUGAAAGAAAAUGAUAUUGUCUUUGAUCCAUUUGUUGGAACAGGUGGCCUCCUGAUAGCAUCUGCUCAUUUUGGUGCAUAUGUCUGUGGGACGGACAUAGACUACAACACAGUGCAUGGCCUGGGAAAGGCUACUAGGAAAAACCAGAAAUGGAGAGGACCAGAUGAGAACAUCAGGGCAAAUCUUCGUCAGUAUGGUUUAGAGAAGUAUUACCUUGAUGUCUUGGUUUCGGAUGCAUCUAAACCUUCCUGGAGGAAGGGAACAUACUUUGAUGCAAUCAUCACUGAUCCUCCAUAUGGUAUUAGAGAAUCUACAAGAAGAACAGGCUCACAGAAGGAAAUACCAAAGGGAAUAGAAAAAUGUCCAGAAAGCCAUGUUCCUGUUUCCUUGAGUUAUCACCUGAGUGAUAUGUUUUUUGACCUGUUAAACUUUGCAGCAGAGACCCUCAUAUUGGGUGGAAGACUAGUUUAUUGGCUACCUGUGUAUACGCCAGAAUACACUGAAGAGAUGGUACCCUGGCACCCUUGCCUGAAACUCAUUAGCAAUUGUGAGCAGAAGCUUUCUAGUCAUACAUCAAGGCGCUUGAUCACGAUGGAAAAGGUGAAAGAAUUUGAG